UGAAGUGAUUAAUAGAAACUUUCAGAAAUAGAUUGUUGAUGUUCCUUGUUGUGAUUAGUUGGUAUUCUGUACACCAUGUUCAGUAUAUCAUCCACCGUUGUGAUUACUUUCGCAUUAAUGACCGGCCUAUAUGGACAAUUCCGGAUAAAUUUCUUGAUCCGCAGACCAUUCGUUUUCCAAAAUGAAGUAAUAACAUGUAAGGUUCGUUCACGUGGCUCAUCGUCCGUCUCUGGAAACAUUGUUAUUCGUCAAAACUUGACCAACGGAACACAGGUGGAUCUAACUACAUGUCCAGUGGAUAGUGAAUUAGACGAUUCUACAUGUAGUGCAAGACUUGUAAACUUGGAAUGCACAGAAACUGUGAUACUUACGUGUUCAGUUAUAGACUUUCUAAACAAUGCAACUCAAUCCACAGGGAUGCAAAUACUAUUUGUUGGUACACCAUCUGUGGAGUCGAUCUACACUCGCUAUAAGGGAGUUGAUAAUUACAAUUCUACUCAGACAUUUCUUCCUGGAGCUUUGAUUGAAGUGAUAUGCAUUGGAAGCGUUUCUAUAAUGACAGGACGAUCCGUUAAGAAUUUAACAUUAUCCGGAAGGAAUGGAAUCAUUCAUUUACAAGACUCUCCAACGGUAAAAGUAUUGACAAGCGGGGACAAUGAAUGCAGCAUCCAGCAACAGGUUUCUGUUUUCCUGUACUUGAAGGAAGAGGAGCGUUCGUACUCUGAAUUCCGAUGUGAAACAGAGCGUAUAUUCAGGGGAAAUCACCGAAAAUAUAUCAGAUUAAAAACAGAAAAGGAAAGCUAUAUCCAUGGUCCAGAGACUGUCACAACCGAUGAGUCAGAAGAUAGAGUACUCCUUUCCAUGACUUGUGAUGCAAUGACUAAUCUAGACAAUUCAACAGAUGUUGCGGAUAUACGAUGGUGCAUCAGAAAAGAAAAUGACACACGAUAUGUCAGCCUCCCUCUUCAAGAGAGACCGAAUGGUGAGGCUUUCAACACAUCAUUAGGCAGGAAGCUGACGAGUGUCGUUCUCUAUCAAUUGCUGAAAAGUGAUAGAAAUGUAGAAAUUAUCUGCGAAACAAACUAUUCCGAAACAUGUGGAUCUGGAGCUCUUCGCGGUUCUGCUGUCUUUAAUGAAGACCCGAUGGAAAAGAUGACAAACACUAGUUUUAAUUCGAUCACAUCAGCUGCUGCAGACGUUGUAUGUGAUGUUUCUUAUGUGUAUGUUGCGACAGCUAUGAUGGUUGUUGGUGUAGCCAGUCUCAUAGCGGGUGUUAUUGCCUGUUGUAAGGUAAAACAAAGAGUAAAAAGUGACAACAGUUCUUCAACGUUGGACGUGUUGUCUGCAAAGAGAUAUGACGUACAGAUGACUCCCACUGCAAUGAGAAAUUUAGAAGGACAGGGUAAACAACAGGAGCAGUUCUAUGAAAACAGAUUGGUGGAAACCAAACAAGGAUCAAAACAAGUGUGUGAACUUAAUGAAACAUACAUUGAUGCAGCUGGAGAAAUGUAUGAGGCGUUGAACGAGAAUGUCCAGGAACCACAUAUCUAUGAAGGAAAAAGUGGUUCAGGAGAACUCUACGAAGUUGUUUAAAUGUUUGAAAAGAUGCGCAUUAUCGUGCUUUGGUGUGCUGACUUUUUUUCCAUCUUGCCUACCAAAUGUGUAACGCUUGUAAUGGAUUCAGUAGAUAGAAAUACGAAUCAUAUUCAGAAUCAUCCAUAUAGCUGUAGGUUUUAUAAUGUAGAUUUGUUUAUCUGUUCAUCAACGACAUGUUUAUGAAACAUGAACCAUACAAAUAUUAUUUUAUGCAAUAUUUAACUAAACAAAAACCGCCAUCGCCAGGACUUUCACAUAUGUAGAUCUUUUUCAAUAUUACCUAUCUUUUUAUUCUGAAAAUAAUGACUUUAUUUCAAUGUUUAAAUUUUUCGCGUUUUUUAAGAGUAUGCAAAUACUUCUGUCAUACUAUCAGCUGUAAUGUGCACUUGUUUUGGGUCAACUUUUAAGACCGUACUUGACACGAUGGCUACCUAAAACCUAUUGAUGUUUGAUGAUCCAAUCACACAAUUGUACCCUUUAUCAUGCGAAAAAAAUCGUUUGCGGACCAUUUCUAUCAACUCAUGCAUAUAUUGAAUUAAAGAUUUCGAAAGCUGAUUAGCAUCAAUGAGUUCAUUUUCUCUUGUAAAAUAUAUAGAGUUUAUAUCAUUUUCAUUCAUGGCAAGCGUAGAAAAAUGUUUUGAAAGAAGCAUAAAAUACCGGACUAUUUUGGGAGUAGUUUUGCCACGUGUCCCUUUUGAUUGAUCGACAUCCCUGCCUACUCUCCGAAACAAAACGUGUAUCAUUUAAUGAUAAAGUUACUAAGUUGCUGGUAUAUUUUCUGGAUAAUAAACGUACAGCACUUUCUCGAUUUAUUGACCCGUUAUAAUGCCCGAAAAUCCUCAAGAACAGAUUUCUCCCCAAUGUCAACACCCCGUUAUGAUGCCAACCCCACAUAAUGCCAUAUACCACUGAUUCUCCGAAACGAAUUUUAAAAUUUAAUAGGGAUUACCCUCAAUAAUAAUGUCAAUUACUUGCCCCCCGUCGACAAUCACACCCGUACUUUCAGAGUAGUGCAUUGAAGUGUGAAAGGCUGUACAAGGUUUUUGGGUGGUCAGCCUAAUUACAAAUAAUUGUUGAAUUAAAGUCAGUAUUAUCGAAUUGUUUAUAUAGAAUGUAGUCCAAAUAAAUUUAGGUAAUUGAA